AGGUACUGCACUGGCGUUGGCUCAGGGGGCGGUGCAAGCUUGGUGGCUGCAACAAUAAAAAGCAGCACCAGGAAACGCUCGGGACCUUUGGGAUGGUCCGAGCAAUGCCAGUGGCCGGGGCCUGAUUCUCAUCCACUCUUUCUUUGUUUCGGCUGCACUGAAUGGCAUCCCGGAUUCUGCUACUUGGCCGGGCCUGCUUGGCCGCACGCUGUCUGCAGGCGGCCGGUAAUGGCUUGCAGCGGAGCCGGCUGCCGCGUUGUUGUUCGGGGCUCGCGGCCGGGGGAGCUGAGCCCGGCGGGGGUCACCAUGGCAACCGGACACCGGCCCAGGGCCUCCUGCCCCAAAAGCAGCGGCCUGACACCGCGCGAGAGAAGGAGCGGAGUCGGGCCCCCACUCCCGGAGCUUUGGUAGAGGACGCCAGGAGGCUGUUGACCCUGGCCUACCCGGAGCGGUGGCCGCUGUCAGCUGCUGUGGGCUUCUUGGGUGUGUCCAGCCUUGUGACCAUGUCUGCUCCCUUCUUUCUGGGAAAGGUUAUUGAUACCAUUUACAUGAAUCCUGUUGGAGAGAAUGUGACUGGGAGCUUGACCUCACUCUGUGCAAUAUUGAGUGGUGUCUUCAUAUGUGGAGCUGCUGCCAAUGCUGCCCGUGUCUACCUCAUGCAGAUUUCAGGGCAACAGAUUGUCAGACGUUUAAGGACAAGAUUGUAUUCUUCAGUUCUAUGCCAGGAGAUUGGGUUUUUCGAUAAGACCAGCACAGGAGAACUGAUAAACCGACUUUCAUCCGAUACUGACCUGCUUGGACGCUCGGUGACCGAGAAUCUAUCUGAUGGCCUAAGAGCUGUUGGUCAAGCAGCAGCUGGUGUUGGCAUGAUGUUUUACGUGUCACCUCAACUGGCUCUGUUUGUCCUGGGCAUUGUUCCUCCAGUUGGUGUCCUUGCAGUGUUUUAUGGUAGAUACAUGCGCAAACUUGGUCGAGUCACCCAAGAUUCACUGGCUGAUGCAACACAGCUCGCUGAAGAACGCAUUGGGAACAUCAGGACAGUCCGUGCUUUUGCCAAGGAGGAGUCCGAACUGCAGAAGUAUACCGAGAAGAUCAGCCAAGUGUUGCACCUGGCCAGGAAAGAAGCAGUGGCCCGCGCAGGGUUUUAUGGUGCAACUGGUCUAACCGGAAACCUGAUUGUUCUGUCUGUCCUAUACAAGGGAGGCCUGAUGAUGGGUGAUGCCUACAUGACAGUGGGAGAACUCACGUCAUUUAUGAUGUAUGCCUUCUGGGUAGGAAUAAGUAUUGGAGGCCUCAGCUCUUUCUAUUCAGCAUUAAUGAAGGGUCUUGGAGCAGGAGGACGAUUAUGGGAACUAUAUGAGAGGAAACCAGAGAUGCCCCUGAACGUGGGUAUGAUUUUGCAGCCUGAUCAAUUUAAGGGUGCCAUUGAAUUUCGCAGAGUCAGUUUUGCCUAUCCGACCCGACCAGAGAUUCCAGUGUUCAGCGAGCUUGACUUGUCUAUCCCAGCAGGCUCUGUGGUUGCUGUAGUCGGACCCAGUGGCUCAGGAAAAUCAACGCUAAUGUCAUUGUUGCUCAGACUAUACGACCCUGUUUCAGGUACUGUCGCUGUUGAUGCGCAUGAUGUUCGUAGCCUCAAUCCAUUCUGGUUGCGGAAAAGUAUGGGUGCAGUGAAUCAGGAACCAGUUUUAUUCUCCUGCUCAAUUGCAGAGAAUAUUGCAUAUGGGACAACCCAUCCCUUUCAACUGACGAUGGAGGACAUAGAAAAGGCUGCAAAGAUUGCCAACGCUUAUGAAUUCAUCCACAGCUUCCCUAAGGGCUUCCAAACAGUUGUUGGCGAGAAAGGCAUCUUACUCUCAGGUGGUCAGAAGCAGAGGGUUGCAAUUGCUCGAGCUCUACUCAAGAAUCCCAAAAUUCUGCUGCUGGAUGAAGCCACCAGUGCGCUGGAUGCAGAGAAUGAGUAUUUGGUGCAGGAAGCUUUGGACCGAUUGAUGGAAGGAAGGACUGUACUGAUCAUUGCCCAUCGCCUGUCAACCAUCCAGAAUGCUGAUGCUGUUGCAGUCCUUGACCAGGGCAGAAUAGUUGAAUAUGGUACCCACCAGGAACUCCUUGCAAAUUCAGAUGGAUUGUUUCGCAAACUUGUGGAGAAACAAACAAUUUUACAAAACAGUCAAAAACAUGUGUUGAAAGUGUAAUGCUCCCAAAUGUUACUCCUCUCCAAAAAAAAUACCUCCAGGUCAAAACAACCAAGAAAUGCCUUGGGUUCUGAUUAACUGCAGCACUGAUUAUUAAACAGAUUUUGAAACCUGUGUUCUGAACAGUGUUCAGGUUUUCUGCGAUAGCACUGAAGUAACAGAUGAAAGGUAUCAAAUGUGAGCCACAGAGUGAGAAAGCCCAGUUCAACCCUGGUUCAGCAAUUGUGUAGCUCUCAGGACCAGCGUCUCCAUGGCUUUUUUGUUGGACAAGUCUUCGUUGUGAGGCCUUGCACAAGGAAAGGUUGAUAGUGACUGAGAAGAAAGCAAAUUUUUAAAUGGCCAUAGCAUCUCUUUGCCACAGUUUUAAAAGCAUUUUUAUCUAUUUUGGGAACCACCUAUUAAAGGACACAUUUGUUCUGUAACUUUCUCCAAAUGUUUCAAGGGAUGAUAAAUUCCUUUUGUGAUAAUGAAAAACACUUGAAAUAGUUGGUGAAAUUCACCGCUGUAUAGUCUGUAUUGUGUGAAAUGUUUGAUUUAAUAGAUGAAAUGUGUGAUUGAAUCAAUCCUAAGUGUUUAUAAAUGUGAAUUUUAAAUUGCUUCACAAAUGUUUGACCCUUGAUCUGUGGUAUCAAUUUUACAGUAAAAUAAAUGAUCAAUUUAUAACCAA